GGAAAACGGAUUAAGAAAUGGUGAAUAGAGUUAAAUUCAGAUGAUUAUUAUAAGAAGUUAUGUUUGAACUGAAACAGAAAGUUGAUUAUGUUUAGUGAUUUAAGGUGAUCAUACAGCAUACAGAAUUGUAACUGAAGUAAUAACACAUUGUGAGAAGCGAAGUGACAUGUUUUUCCCAGACUGUGUUAUAAUCAGGGCCAGAGCUGAGCGGGGCGGCAGGGGGGCUACAAAGAGGAAGUCACAUGUUUUCUUCUAAACUAAAUUAGGGAAGUAAAUCAGAUGGUCAGAGGACAAACAGCAAAAGGUGUUGACUGCUGUGGGAAGGUUUGGUGCAUUUUUCUACAGAGCCAUUGGACGUUCGUAAGCCAUCACCCCAUACACAACCAUGGGAUGAGAGAGUAUAAAAACCUAUGAGAAGAAGAAGAAGUGUUCUUAAUCUGCGGUGCUGAAGUCAAGCCAACAAGAGGAUGCAGACAGGAGACCAGCAGAGGACCGCACCCUGGAGCCACGGGGAAGUUGACGAUGUGGUGAAAUUCAUGGUGGAUUCUGUGAUGCUGAGAUGAAAGCAUCCCAAACCAUGACACUUCCACCUCCGUGCUGCUUGGUUUAUCCCAUGCAUGUCCUGUGUUCUGGUGCCCAAAUAAUUAAGAAUCAUGUUUUUGGAGACUAGAGUUUCGCUACCAGAUUUCUGAAGGUGAACUUGUGUAACCAGUGGCACCUGUUGGCUCCACCCUCAGAUUAAAGAUGGUGCAUAUAAAGGUGUUGGUGCAGAAACCUGGCAGUGCUCUGAUUGGGCUGUUGGAGUGUGUGUGGCCUCACAGGAUUUAAGGUUUUUCUACAUCAUUCAGCUGAUGACAGCGUGACGUCGUCUCAGGACAGUUUCUACUAAACUGAUAGGAAGAAACUCAUCAAGAGCAACUUUUCUCUCAGUUUGCGCCGUCCUGCUGAAUCGGCAGCGGCGCUCUGAAGCUCCGCCCCUCCGGAUCCGGGACAGAUGGGUCCUCUGGUGGCCGUCCCCGUCCUGGCCGGCCUGAACGGCGUCCUGGGCAUCUGGGCCGUGUUUGGAGUGGCCUGGUUGAGUGGGACGGUGGAUCUGACAGAGGAUUUUCCGUACAUCAGUACGUGUGGAGACAAACCUCCUGCUAGCUGCUGGUUCUCUCAGGUCUGCAACAUCGGCUGCGUCCUCGCUCUGACAUUCGAGACUCUGCGGUUCCGACAUCUGAAGGAUUGUCCAAAGUGCUCCAGCCGUCUCAACAUCGCCAGCUUCAGUUUGGGAAUCAUCUCCUCCGUGGGAUUAUCCGUCACCGGAAACUUCCAGGUCUCUUCCAUCAAAUCGGUUCAUUACAUCGGUGCAUUUCUGGGGUUUGCUGGUGGCCUGGCCUACCUCUGGAUCCAGCUGUUCCUCAUUAGCAACCGAAUCCUGAAAUCUUCCGGAUUCGCUCUCUGCUCCGUCUGCAGCGUUCUGCUCUGCUGCCUGGUGGGCUUCCAUCACUCACAUCGUUACCACGCUGCCGCCAUCUGUGAGUGGACGCUGGCCACGCUGUUCUUCCUGCUCUACCCGCUGUUUGUGUUCGAGUUUGCAGACAUUAAAUGCAAACUCACCAUAAAGUCCUCGGGUUGUGGACCCCACGGGUCCGCCGGGCCUCAGUACAAACCAGGAGACUCAGAGUCAGCAACGCCGCUCUGACGACAUCUCUCUGUUACCAUGGAAACAUCCCUGCGUGGAGGAUCUGGUGUCUGUGGGUCAAAGGCUGCGUUCACACUGCAGCCUGAAGUGACCCAAUUCCAGUUUUAGCUGAAGCUCACCUUCAUCCUGUGUUUGUUGGUUCCUGAUGAAAUCACUGAAAAACUUCCUGGUGGCCAUUUCUGUCUGACAACAGAUGAAAAAUAGCCUUUUGGCUAACGCUGGCACAUUUACAAAAAUAUUAAUUAAUGCUCUGUCCCUACCAAUAAAAUUAAAUUCAAUCUUC